AGUGUUGUUAGGCAAAAUAUAAGAGAGCAGUAGGAGAGAUCUGCAAUAGAUAAACACUUGCACACGCACCAGCUGGCGCGCUUGCAGACACGCACAACACGCAUUUAGGAGCACAGUCCAGAGCUGUGAUUGCUGCGUUCUUGUAUUUUUUUAAAUGGUUCUCUUGUCAUCUGUCAUUUCAGUGGAAAACAGCCACUGACAGAGGGAGAGAUAGAGAGAGAGACACACAGAGAGAAGCAGGUGCGCCCUUAAAGAGGAAAGAAGCAUCUGAGGCAAGGACAGCAUCCCAGUCUCCAUUCUCUGUGGAGGCUGUGGAAUUCAGAGGAGUGUAAAAAGGAACGGACGGUCACACAAAGCUCUUCAUUUUUUUUUGUGCUCUUGCUCCUUUCACCUGGAGGUAGGCUGAAAUGGUUGGCACUAAUCAGAGGCCUAUCCCUGUUUGAGAGAGCUCUAUGAACAGCCGAUCCAAUGGACAUCAAAGGCCAGUGUUGGACCGACGAGGAGUCAGAUGGGGAGAACGAAUCUGAACAGUUCCUUUAUGGAAUCCAGUGCUGCUUGUUGCAGGGGAGCUGUGCUGCUGACCUGUACCGCCACCCUCAACUAGAUGCAGAUAUUGAAGCUGUGAAAGACAUCUACACCGACAGUGCCAUCUCUGUCAGGGAGUACGGAACCAUUGAUGAUGUGGACAUCGAUCUUCAUAUUAACAUCAGCUUCUUAGAUGAGGAGGUUGCAACAGCCUGGAAAGUUAUAAGAACAGAGCCCAUUAUUCUGAGACUGCGCUUUUCGCUUUCUCAGUACCUUGAUGGACCCGAGCCGUCAGUAGAUGUGUUUCAGCCUUCGAAUAAAGAAGGCUUCAGUCUGGGCCUGCAACUCAAAAAGAUCCUGAGCACAUUCACCUCACAGCAGUGGAAGCAUCUCAGCAAUGAGUUCCUCAAGGCCCAACAGGAAAAGAGGCAUAGCUGGUUCAAAGCUGGAGGGACCAUCAAGAAAUUCCGUGCUGGGCUCAGCAUUUUCUCCCCAAUUCCCAAGUCUCCAAGUUUCCCUCUGAUCCAAGACACAGUUCUAAAAGGGAAGCUGAGUGUCCCUGAGCUGAGAGUGACCCGCCUGAUGAACCGCUCUAUCUCCUGUACAAUGAAGAACCCUAAAGGGGAACUCUUUAGCUAUCCACCAAACAGCCAGACUGUAGCUGUCCCGGCGGCCAGGGCCCCAGCGCAGAUUACCACGAGGCAGCUGAUUGAAUUGUUUUUUUCAUCCCAGGCGGGCGGCCACUGCAAGAACAUCCCUACUUUGGAGUACGGCUUCUUAGUGCAGAUAAUGAAGUACUCAGAGCAGAGGAUCCCCACUCUUAAUGAGUACUGCGUGGUUUGUGACGAACAGCAUGUCUUUCAGAAUGGGUCCAUGCUGAAGCCUGCUGUGUGUACCAGAGAGUUGUGUGUGUUCUCCUUCUACACUCUGGGUGUGAUGUCUGGAGCUGCAGAAGAAGUGGCAACAGGAGCAGAGGUUGUGGACCUGCUUGUGGCUAUGUGUAGAGCUGCACUUGAGUCCCCACGCAAGAGCAUUAUCUUUGAGCCCUACCCAUCGGUUGUGGAUCCAAAUGAUCCCAAAACUCUUGCAUUCAACCCAAAGAAGAAGAAUUAUGAAAGACUGCAGAAAGCACUGGACAGUGUCAUGUCCAUUCGUGAAAUGACCCAGGGUUCAUAUCUGGAGAUCAAGAAACAGAUGGACAAACUGGACCCUUUGGCCCACCCUCUGUUGCAAUGGAUCAUCUCCAGUAAUAGGUCUCAUAUUGUCAAGCUGCCUCUCAGCAGGCAACUGAAAUUCAUGCACACGUCCCACCAGUUCCUGUUGCUCAGCAGCCCCCCAGCCAAGGAGGCUCGCUUUCGCACCGCCAAGAAGCUGUAUGGCAGCACCUUUGCCUUUCAUGGAUCCCAUAUAGAGAAUUGGCACUCUGUUCUUAGAAAUGGACUGGUCAACGCCUCUUACACCAAGCUGCAGCUGCACGGCGCAGCAUAUGGAAAGGGCAUCUAUCUGAGCCCCAUCUCCAGUAUAUCUUUUGGAUACUCAGGAAUGGGGAAAGGACAACAUCGCAUGCCCACCAAAGAUGAGCUGGUACAGCGUUACAACCGUAUGAACACCAUACCGCAGAGCCGCCCAAUACAAUCAAGGUUUCUGCAAAGCCGAAACUUGAACUGCAUUGCUCUUUGUGAAGUGAUCACAUCUAAAGAUCUCCAGAAACACGGCAACAUAUGGGUGUGUCCCGUCUCCGACCAUGUCUGUACCCGCUUCUUUUUUGUGUAUGAGGAUGGCCAAGUAGGAGAUGCCAACAUCAACACUCAGGAGCCUAAGGUGCAAAAGGAGAUCAUGCGUGUGAUUGGGACCCAAAUCUACUCAAGCUAAUGGAGGGUCCGCAGCCUGUCUCAGCAGGGGGGAAGCAGACAAGACAGACAAUUGAAGCAAACGUUUUGAGUGAGCUGUCCUUAGGCCAGAUACUGAGGGAUGAAAAGCUCCUGAGCACAUCAUUACCGACAUGGUUUAACUCUAGUGUUCUUGUUUUGUCUUCUUUCUCUUGUGUUUCACCUUCUCCACAUUGUUACGACUUACAUGUUCACCUGACCCUCAGUUAGGUUGCACCUGGUUUAAAUCAGCUUUCCCCCGGUUUUUACUGCUGUCUACACAAAUGCACACAUUUUUCUGGGACUGCCGAGGCUAUAUUCUUGUUGCUGUGUGUUUACUUUAACUGAUUCAGUUUUUUAUUCUUCUUUGUGGAUAUGUAGUAAAACAAAUAUUCAUUCCAAAUGAUUAUUGACCUUUUAAUGGCAAAUAUUGGAGAGAAUUAUGCACAUAUUGUUUUUUUUAUGUGUUUUGGAAAGUUAUUAUCUGUCAUUAUUUUCUGCAGUAUUUUCUGACUGAAGACAUGAACUGAGGCCGUGAUUAGCAGAGGGACAUACACCACUUGUCCACUGAUACUUCUAGGCUGCCAAAAGUAAUUUUUGAAAUUCAAACUUAAUAUCAAUAUAUGUACUUUGUUUUGCAUAAAAAUAUCUACCGUAGCUAAUCUGUUCAUGAUAAUUGUUGUUUUAGAAACAGAAAACCGGAAAUUUCUAUUGACCAUGAACAUUUCCAUUUUUGGCCUUUUGAGAUUUUAGUUUGUUUUUAUUCACUAUUUUAACAAAUACAACACAUACAAGAUGAAAAAUUAUGCAGGUUUUCAGAUUGCAAUAAUACAUUUGAAUUAAACAAAAUAAGAUCAAAUCAUCUUAACACUAAACAGAGUACAUAAAAGUAAAUAUUAUUUAGUGAUGAAUUAACCUACUGAAAAUUGAGUUUUUAAGCUGCCAAUUAACAAUUAAACCCAUUUACUUAUAAAGUAGAAAAUAGGCUGAAAAAUGGGACCCAUAUGUGUCUUAGAUAUGUUACCCAAAACAGACCGAUUUCCAUUUCAGACCCAGCUUAGAAAGAAAUGUGGGUUUUGUUUAAUUAACCUAAUCGGGUUACAGGAAGCACAUUGUGAACCAUAAAAACUCCUUAACCUGAAAAAUAAAUGAUAAAAAAAGACCUUUGCCCCACCCUAAACAUUUCAAGAAAUGAUGGCAUGGAAUGUAGGAUUUGUUGUAUUUAUCAGCUUCAACUUUGUUUUCUUAUUUAUUUGGUAUUCAGUCAUUUAGUGGGUACAGAAGACAAAGAGAGAAUUACGAUGGAUGAAACAUCAGAAUACAACUGUAGCUACAGUGAUGCAAAUUUGUACAGUUAAAACCAGAUAUUUACACAGUAUUCUGGAAAAAAUAAGACACAAUCAUACCUGCUUUUUUCACUGUUUGAAAUUGAACAAAGAGAGAGCGACAAUAUUUUAUGACUUUCUUCAACUUAGAAGUUUACAUAACUUCACUCACUGUUUGACAGAAUAAUAUUUUAAACCAUAUGACUUGGGUCAUACAUUACAGGUUUCCUUCUAGAAGCUUCUCACAGCAGUUUGACACAAUUUUGACCAGUUCUUUAUAACUAGUUUGCCAGUAUACUUUGGUCAUUCUCCAUUUGCAAAACCCAUUUGUGCUCAAACAUUAACUUCUUGGCUUAUGUCCUGAAAUAUUGCUUCAAUAUUUCAAGUUUCCUAAAAAUGUUUACCUUUAACUCUGUCUCUUUUGAUUUCCUUCUAGAGUUCUGUCUUUUUCCUUAAUCAGUUAUCUUUCAGGCCAUGUUGAUACAGGACCAGUUACUGUAGGAAUACUUACCCUUUCUUACUAUCUUGGCUGAUUUCUUUAGAUUUGGACAUCACGCAAGAAUUUAUCUCAGAUGUUGGAAAUAAUCAGUUGCUUACAAAAUAAUGACAUAAUUGUCAGGGCUUUCUCAAACUGUUUAAAUACAUAGUAGUCGCAGUCCAAAGUUCUGAAUUUGAGGAGAGGAAGAAAAAAAAUAUCUGGAGUAUUAUUCCACUAAAAAUAGGGAGCAGCUUCUUCAAACCAGCACCAAUGGAUGGUUGGAUUCUCUCUUUCAUUUUGGGUGCAUUUGGCAAAUUAAAAAAUAAAACUCCUGGUGUAAAACAUUUAAACAUUAGUCUGAUUUAAUAUCAAGGUCAUGUGUUUUUUUAAUGUAUUAAAAUAUAUAAGUAUCUGGUUUCAACUGUACGUUGGAGUGCUGGGACUAUCAUGUGACUCAGUAGGGAAAAAAGUAUUUAAUUUGUGAUCAUAUUGCUGUGAUAGCCUUUUAACCUUUUGUGCAUCAUCGUUUUUUAUGAGUCAUCUCUACAUAAAAUGAAUAAUUUGCCGUGCUCAUUUUCAAACAACCAUCUGUGUGUAUGAGCAACACUUUCCACCGGAAUUCUACAAUUGGAAAAUGUGGACUUUCCCAAAGCCAAAAAAUCUUUCUGGCAGCAUUCAGUCCAGGUGAGCUCUGUAUUUUCUUGAUAUUAUACUACGCAUUACACAUAUUCAGCAUUUGCCUAAAAUGGGGACAGUGACUGUCAUCAGACCUGCAGUAGACAGGAAGUAGAAUACAAAAGGUGAGAAUCAAACAAGCUGAAAUAUAAAACAUGUUGGCUAUGGUAUGUCUCCACAAAAAUGAACUUUCAAAUGUUAUCGGAACUGGAAUUCUAACCACUAAGUGGACUUAAAGACUCUGGAAAGAAAGCAAAUUGUAUAUGUGUAUAUAUGGAUGAUGGUCAUGAUGGACAUGUGACGUUGACCCAGUGCAGUGCCAGACUCUGCGAACAGCUGAUAACUGUUUCUGCCAAGAUGUGGGAGCGAUGAGUCUCUUUAGGGAGCUUAUUGUCUCACCGUCUGUCUCUGCUUUGUGAUGUCUCAGAGAUUAUGACGACAGCAAUGAUGGUGAUUAUGGAGCUGGUGAAAGGCAGCUGUGCUGGAGAAAAAAAAUAAAACUUGAUUUUGCACAGUU